AUGAACACCAUGCGCAAGCACUGGCAGAACAAGCACAGCUGGUCGCCAUAUCCCAGCCGUGGCCGUACAGCGCCACAAAAGCGUACGGCAGCACAGGAUGAGGUGGACAGAUCAUGCCAGAAGGUGCAGUUCCAGCAGAUAUUUGCAUCGCGCAAGGGCUCCCACUACAUACAGAUCCAGACUAAGGAGACUACUGAGCAUACCGGCACGCAAGACCAGAACAGAGCCAGCCAGGCCAUUGAUGAGCUGGAGCGGUUUUACCAGGAACAGCAACGGCAGACCAGCAAUGUCAUCCAGGCCGGGGAGCACGAUGAAGCCAACCCAUGGCUGCGGCGGACCAGAUGGCCGGUGUACUUGACCAACAUCGCACCCAAUGAUCUGGUCAACUGCGUCCAGCGGCCCGAGGAUGACACCACGUGCCCAGAUGAACUGGCCGCGAGGGCCAUCUGGGAGGCCAUGGGGCAGGUUGCCCGUACCAGCCAGCGAGUCAUCACACGGCUGGGCCACUUCGUCCGCAUCGAGGCCAUCCGCACAGAGCGACACCAGACCCGGCACACCCCGUUGCAGGCGUACAUGGACGAGGAGAGCAUCGCCGAGCACGUGAGGCCAUGGCAGCAGAUGUUGAUGUUUUUCGCCCGAACGCAGGUCGAGCAUGAAUGGACGAGCCCACAGUACCGGUUCACACCACGGCAGCGCAAGACAUGGAGGGUAUUAUGGCAGGUAGCCACCACAGAGGGAGCCGACCAGCGACACCCCAUCAGCCCAGACCCCAUGGAUGAGCAGAUGACUGAGGAAGAAGAAGAGGAGGAGGAGAAGGGACAGAGAGAUACCCAGCCAGAAGAAGAAGAUCAGUCUACUGAUUAA